UUUUACUUCACACUUUGAAUAUUUACUUUGUAGUAUCUACCGACAAAGGAUAUAUGAAACGCAUUUUGCAAAUCUUUUAUAAAAAUAUAAACCGUAUUAAAAUUGAAAUGGAUUUAUUAAAGCCACUAGAGAAAAGCUUUGUUUGUUUUGAUAAGCAUAACAUAUCCAAUGAUCCAAACACAGGGCAGUUAAAACACCAAAAGAUUAACAACGUACAAUGGAGUGUUACAAACGAACAACUACGGAUGUCCGGCAAUUCCGAACAUUAUGCAACUAUUCAAGACAGAAGCGGUAAAAAAACGCUUUUUACACCAAACCCUGAAUAUGAUAACGCUACGCCUGGUAAACGUGAAAGUACCUCGGAUUUAUAUGUGUCUUUUAAUACCGGUGAUCGACUCCCUACAAGCCCAAAUAGAGAAAGAACCGCUGGUUAUUCGUAUGCUACAAAUGGUGAGAUACACUUUUUGAGCGAUUCAAACAACGAAAAUCAUCAUAGCGAGCAAAUCCAACAACUUGAACAUAAUGAUAAUGAUGAGAAAAAACAUGAUGGUAAUAUGUCUAAAUGUCAAAGUAAGGGUACUGAUGACUCAGCUGACGCUUACCUUGAAUCGAACCCUCGGCGGAUUGGAGAUAGUGGUGAUGAUACUAAUCAUAGCGAUAUAAGGAUAAGUUGGCUUGAUGAAACACAUGAGUAUCACCAACCUGACAAUGGACUUGGGGCAACAUUGACGAGUACAUAUGGUGUGGGCAGGGUGCCUUCAAAUAAAAUAGUGACAGAACCAAAUAAAAAGAAGAAGAAAAUAUGUAGUAAAUGCAGAAUAAUUACUGGUGUAAUUCUGGUUGUAUUAGUUGCCGCUGCCAUUGCCUCUAUUGUCGCAGUUCUAAUGAUUGGUAAUUUAAAAGAGGACGACAACGUGUGUGACUACAAACAUGGAUGUCAGACAAAGUGUCAAAAAUACCCAAAUUUGUCCAACGGCCAUAUCAAUGUUUCUGAAGAGAUGUUACCACAAGUGGCUGUUAAGAUAACAUGUAAUAAAGGUUUUGAAGUAAAAGAAAUGGAUACGGCAAUUUGUCUAGAAACGGGAUCUUGGAAUGAAGUAAUUACAUGUGAGCCAAUUGACUGUGGGAUUUAUCAGCCACCUAACCAUAUUCAUACUCAACAGUCCGUAAAUGAAACAACAGUAGGGUCAUCAAUUAAUCUUAAAUGUGGGCCUGGUUUCCAUUUUACAACAUCUAGUGAUAGUUCCGUAAUGUGUAACGAGAAUGGCGUGUGGGUCGGAAAUCCAAAAUGUGAAAAUUUAGUUGAUUUAUCUGUAGACACCGAUACUUUCCUCAUCGGUGGGAUGGCAACCCUGUCGUGUGAAUUCAGAAAAAUACCAAACUGGAGGAAUAUAAAGUUCAAACGCAUUAACACAAAAGAUGAAUCCGUAAUUGCCUCUAUUGUCAAUAAUGUAGACUCGUACAUAGUGACUAAAGACAAUGAUAGAAUUAUUAUCAUUGAAAAAACAUUUACGCAUGAAUCGGGUACAUUUAAAGUGAUGAUUGAGACCGUCAAAUGCUCCGAUGCUUUCGAACAACCUGGUGAAAUAAACAUAACCUGUGAUAUUGAAACAAGUGAUACCGUGAACACAUUUCGUGAUGUGAAAAUUGUUCGAAUACAAGGCAAAACGGUUAAGCCGGAGCUUUUUGUGCCAGCCCAUGUUGUCGAAGGAGAUAUCAAGUCCACACUUUUUCAUUGUGAAAUGUUGUUUCCGGAACCGAACGGUCACGUGACCGUUGACACUGACUAUAACGGUUCCUUUACAGCUCUGCUGUCUUCUCCAAACAUUAGUGAGUUGCCGCCUUAUUUUUGGCCCUCUUCAAACAGUGUAAGUGAUACAAAUGCGGCGUGGAUUGAUGACAUAAGCUUUGUCUUGAAAAACUGCUGGUAUAGGAUGGAAUUGCAAUUUGGCCUGAAGGAUGUUUCAAUGGAAUGGCACAGGAAACAUAUUAGAUGCACUGCAAAACCAUCAGAAGAAGCAUAUGACCAAACAGUGUUCACAUCUGAUAGUGGCGUCGUAAAAGUUAUACAAAAUACUUCAUGCAAUGGUAAAAGUCAGGUACGGUACCCGUAUGACUGCGAACAUUUCAUCGUUUGUGAUGACAAGAAUCCCUUCAAUUCAGUUUUGGAAGUGAGAGCAU